CGACGCCAGCUGAAGCCCGGACCAGAGAGUCCAGUGGACCCGGGCAGCUAGGCUCUGCUUCGUUAUGAUGCUUGCCGACAGCACCAUGACUUCCAUCGUUCAGAGAAUAGCUCGACAGGCUCUGGUCACCUUCAGAAGCCCGCCGGGACCCGGUGAAGAAGCCGGCAAGUCUUUCCUGGAGAACCACAACAAGCUGAGGAGCCUGAUGACGGAAGUGCGCGCGGCGGACCUCAAGCUGGUUCCGCGGAGAGCGGAAGACGGUUCGGCCCGCGCGCACCCGUACCUCCAUGGGGUGCCCCCGGUCACCUACAUGCACAUCUGUGAAACGGACCAGUUCAGCAUGGGUGUGUUUCUGCUGAAAAGUGGCGCCUCCAUCCCGCUGCACGACCACCCGGGCAUGCACGGCGUGCUCAAGGUUCUGUACGGGAAGGUCCGGAUCAGCUGCUUCGACAGGCUGGAGCGGUCCUGCAGCAGCUCGCCCCCACUCCCCCCGGCCCAGGUGGGCUCCCUGCGGCGCUCCGUGCUCCGCUCCACGGCGGAGUACACGGAGGAGAGCGGCCCGUGCGUGCUGUCCCCGGACCGGGACAACCUGCACCAGAUCGACGCGGUGGACGGACCCACGGCGUUCAUGGAUAUCUUGGCCCCCCCGUACGACCCGGACGACGGCAGGGACUGCCACUAUUACAAGGCUGUGACUGAGGCAGAGCUGAAAGCCCUGGAGCAGAAGGAGAAGGAGGUCUGGCUCAUGGAGAUCUCCCAGCCUCCGAACUUCUGGUGUGGAGGGGAGCCCUACCCAGGCCCGGAGGUCUCCCUCUGACUCACCUGACCCCUUUCAGCCUGGUCUAGUUUCUGAAGCAAGACCUGGCCUGUUGGACAACACAGACCCUCUGAUUGCAUUUAUGAAGCAGCAGAAGCUACAAGUCAACGUCCAGAACUGUUUAUGUCCGUUUCCACCACUCCGAAUAAGAUAGUUACACUGACCCCUGCAAAUCUGAACGCCUUCAACCCAGUGCUUUAAAAGAUGAAACACAUGUGAGCCUCAAGCUUUACACUCUUAAGAAAUAAAAUGUUGUAUUUUACUAAAAAUGUCAGGUAAAAUAUAAAUAUUUGACG